AUGGCAUCCAAAUCACUGUUAAUUUCUUUAACAUUGGCUUCUCAUCUCGGUGGAUGCCAUAAGCCACACCAUUUCUUUAAGGUAGUCGUUGAAGAUGCUACUCGGAGUGGCAAAGUUGGGAUUCCUGCUAAAUUUGCAAGAGAUUAUGGGAAUUCUCUAUCGAACCCAGUGUUCAUUAAGGUCCCAAGUGGAAAAAUCUGGGAAUUAGAAUUGGUAAAAUGUGGUUUCGAAAUAUAUGAAGGGGGUUGCCAUUUCCAUGUCAUCAUAUUCGAUCGAACCGCAACGGAGAUCGAAUAUCCAGACUUUGAACAAGAAGUGAAGGUUGAAGAGUCCGACGACGAUGAAGAGCUUGUCAAACCUGUGCCUGCAGGGUCUUGGGCUGGAACGAGUGAAACGAUAUCGAGUACGAGAUCUGAUGAAAAAUAUAUUGCUUUACAAACGGUUAGCCGUGCCUUCAAGUCCACAAAUCCAUUCUUUUCUGUUUUCAUGCCACCAAGUUAUGUAGGUCCUAUUACCAACCAUAGCUGUUCAGUGGGAAUACCAAAGGACUUUUCCAGGUUAUAUCUCAAGGACAAUAGCGAUGUUGUUCUCUGUGAUUCUGAUGGGAAAACUUGGGCUGCCGAGUACAUGUCUACAUUUGGAAGUAACGGAUGGGCAUAUGGCGGUGAGACAGCUUUCGGAAGCAAGCUGAUAGCCCAGGAAACAGCUCUUCAGAGAGCUCUGGCUUUCAUUUCUGAUAAUCCUUACUUUGUUGUUGUCUUACGAGCAUCAUAUAUGAACCAUUCAUUGCGUAUACCAAAACCCUUUUCCUGGAUACAUUUGGAGAGCUCCGUCACCAACAUCAAUGUAAACCUAUGUCUUUCGAACGGGAAAUCAUGGCCGGCAAUGCUUCUCCAAAGAAGCAACAUGGGAAGUUCAAAAGUAAGAAUACAUGAUGGAUGGAGGGCAUUCGUCGAUGACAACAAUUUACAUGUUGGUGAUGUAUGUGUCCUAGAGAUGACAAAUCAUGACACUAAAAUCUCCUUCAAAGUACACUUAUUCCAUGCCAUUGCAGAUGCAAAAGGACCUUUAUGCUCGACUCCACAGCAUCAUAAAGCCGAUAUAGAUAUGGCCUCAACCUCAAAGUCUCCAAUGUUCAAAAGAGUUGUGCUGCCAGGCACGCCGUAUGCAAUUUUUGAGCGAUAUUUAACGUCUGGUAGCGAGAUGGUGAGACUUAAGGUUGAAGAUCGAUGGUGGCCUGUGAAGAUAACGAGCAACCGGUGA